UGUGUUUUGUAUUUAACAGAUUAAAAUCUUUGUAGGUUAAGUCGAAAGAAAGUGAUCGACUGUCCUUCAGAUUUUUUUUAAAUCCGCCCAACAGUGCUUUACGAUUUGUCGUCAAAAUGUCUACGAGGGGCUUUCUAUUCAAAUACAAGCAGGCUUAUAAAAUCCUAAGAAUGGGGAACUUUACAUCCUCUGCUCCAGCGUUGUCAAGCCCAGCGUGUACUCAGUUUGUCCAGGACGUUGUCUCCAAAAACUGUGUUGUGAUAUUUUCCAAGACCACAUGCCCUUAUUGUAAUAUGGCUAAGAAUGUAUUCAAAGAGAUUGGGGCUUCAUAUAAAGUCAUUGAAUUGGAUGAGCACAAUGAUGGCCGACGUCUUCAGGAGACCUUGGCUCAAAUGACAGGUGCCAGAACAGUGCCAAGGGUCUUUGUUAAUGGACAGUGCAUUGGAGGAGGCUCAGAUACAAAACAGCUUCACCAGCAAGGAAAACUACUGCCACUUAUUGAGGAGUGUAGGCAAUGCUGUGAAGGCUCAGGGAAUACCCAAUCUCAGCAGAAUCUUUAAUAUUGGUUUUGUUGUGGUUAUACACUAGUGUUAUUAAAAUGUACUGUAUUGCUGCUAUGAUGAAAAAUAGCAUCUGAUCUGCCUGCUUGUUGAAUAAUUGAGUAUGUAUAUAUUAUUGGUUGUUUGUUGUUUUUUUCCAUUAUUUUUGUUGUUAUAAAUAAUAUACUAAACAACCAACUGUACUAAAGUACACUUUGCUGUAUGUUUUUUUAAUAAAAAAUGUUUGGUCAUUUGUUUUUUUAAAUAACCAUGAGCUAAAUAGCUCUACCUCACUGUUAUGUGUACAGAAAUAUUUUAAUUAAAUUAUUAAAGUCUUUUCAAGAAUAA